CCGCCUCAUUUCUUGCAGCAGCUCUUCGGGCUGAGUGUCCCCAGUGCGAACACCUCACCGGCUCGGCCCACUCCCCGCCGCCUGGCCUUCCCCAGCGUCCCACUCAGGACGCCGGGUCACCGUCCCCCACCCGGCCGCGCCCGCCAACACGCGCGCAGCCUCACCUGCCGCUGCCCGGAAAGCUCCGCCCCGCGUCGCCCCGCCCUCCCGCUCCAGCCAUGGCGCCGCCGGAAGCCUGCCCGCGACUUCCGCACUCCCGCCCCGCCCCGCCCCGCCUGUGGGCGGGACCCGAGCGGAGCGGCUUCCGCCUUCCUCCUUCCUGCCCCGCGCUCAUCCACUGUGUAGAAUUAAAACCUCUCCAAAGUAUAUGGUCAAAAGCAACAGUCAUCUGAAUUGUGACUGGUUCACUGAUAGUCUGAGGAAAAACUAGAGAUCACUACUCCAGCAUAAGCCCCAGUUUCCUGCUUGCUGGAAGAUGCUUGAUAUAAAGGCUUGGGCUGAGUAUGUUGUGGAGUGGGCUGCAAAGGACCCCUACGGCUUCCUUACAACCGUCAUCUUGGCCCUCACACCACUCUUUCUAGCUAGUGCUGUACUGUCCUGGAAACUGGCCAAGAUGAUUGAAGCCAGAGAGAAGGAGCAAAAGAAGAAACAAAAACGUCAAGAAAACAUUGCAAAAGCUAAACGACUAAAAAAGGACUGAAGGUGAACAGACUCUGCAACUGGACAAAACCGUCUGGGAAAUCUGCAGCUCUGGAAGGACUCACUAAGGUUCCAGUCGAUUUUGUGAUAGUAUUAUACAGUAAAUUAAAUCUGACCGUAUAGAAGAGUCAUGUUCUGACCUCAAUACUGUAGUAACUUUUAGUUUUGGAAAUAGAAGCUUGCUGGAACCCACUGACAGGUAUUUAAGUUAGCAUUUACCAUACAGGUGGAGCAUACCUAAUGUGAAAAUUCAAAACUCAAAGCACUGUAAAAUCUAACACCUGUGUUCAGACACCAUGCCAAGAGUGGAAAAUUCAACACCCUAUUUUCUGAUGGGUUGCAGUCAAAAUACAGGUGCGCUCAAAAUCCAUAAAAUUAUCAUCAAACCAGAAGAAAUAUAAAUUAGCCUUGUGUUUGGAUUUGGAUCCCAUCCUCAAGGUAUUAUGAAAUACUCUAAAAUCUGAAAAAUACAAAUAAAAUGUUACUGGUCCCAAGCAUUGUCUGCUUAACCUGUAGUGAAAAUUCUUUAAACUGACAGUCAUUUGCCAUUUUGGAGCUUAAUGUACUCAGGUAAAAAACACCAUGUAGAGAAAAAUGGUUUUAGACUAUGAAUCCUGAUUAAAUGGUGGUUUAAAACGGGGUUCAGCUCUGGACAGAGGAUAUUAGGAAUGUAAAAGAAUUAUCUUCUGAGGUGAAAAGUUUACUUUGGCUUAAAAGAGAUAAAGCGUAUUAAUCACUAUUUUAAAAUCAUUGCUUAUUUUUUGGAAUGGAAGCAUUACUGACUUUCUCAAAGGAAAAUUUUAUUAAUGAUUAUGGCUAUUUGCAUUCUUAAGACUUUAGCCAUGAACACAGCUAGCGAUUAAGACAUUUCUUCUUUUUAUAUAACUUUCUCAUUGUCUUGACCAUGGAUAGAAUUUUUGUACACUGUCAUUUUCUUUAAAUGAGUUUGCUAAGAAGAACAACAUGACUUAAAGCCAACAGUGAAGACGCCAUGUGCUUUUGAAACCUUGGGUUCCGUGUUUUCUUACAAUCACUAGGGCUGUGAAAUAGUUCAUGGCACCAUAUAAUCUGCUGAUUGCAUAGAUACUGCUUUUGUUUUUAUUCGGUCUGUAACUAAUAUGGCAGCGAUGUCCUGUUACUUUUUACUCGUACAGGAUCAAAGUGAAAAUGAAAAUUUCAAAUAUAUGAAGUCAUACUUUACUAAACCAAUAAAGGCUUAAAUUUGGGAAA